AUGAGUGAGGAACUGGUCACUAUUGACAUACAGGACGGCGUAGCCGAUGUCAGGCUGAACAGGGUUGAUAAGUACAACGCCCUGAGUCCUGAAAUGUUCGCGGCCAUCAUUGCUGCCGGUGAACAACUCGCCCAGGCACCUGAAGUUCGCGCCGUUGUACUCUCAGGCAAUGGCCGCGGUUUUUGUGCGGGUUUGGAUAUGGGCAGUUUUGCACGCAUGGCUGAAGAGUCUGGCGGUAAUGGUGACCCUUCAGAUAGCAGCUCCACUGCUGCUCUUCUGCAACGUGGCGAACGACCUGAAAAUCACGCGCAGCAGCCUGCUUACGUCUGGAAACGCCUGCCGGUACCGGUGAUCAGUGCGAUUCAUGGCGUAGCUUACGGCGGCGGCUGUCAGAUUGCGUUGGGUGCGGAUAUCCGCAUUGCUGCUCCAGACAUGAAGAUGUCAAUUAUGGAGAUUAAAUGGGGCCUGAUCCCUGAUAUGAGUUUGACACAGACGUUGCGCGAUCUGGUGCCUUUAGAUGUUGCCAAGGAGCUGACAUUUACCGGCAAGGUUCUGAAUGGCCACGAAGCUAAAGAGUUAGGGCUGGUAACACAUGUGUCGGAGAAUCCGCUGGAGCACGCACUGCAGCUUGCGAAAGAGAUUGCCGGUAAAUCUCCCGAUGCCAUCCGUGCGGGUAAGCAGCUGCUGGAGAUUGCCUGGCAUGCUGAUGAGCGUAUCGGUCUUGAACUUGAAUCGGCUUUGCAGACGAUUUUGAUAGGGUAUCUGGCGAAGCAGCAGGGUGGCAAAGUGGGGAUCGCCAAACAGCACAGCAAAGGCCGUUUGACGAUCCGCGAGCGGAUUGAGGUUCUACUUGAUGAACGGAGUUUUCGUGAGCACGGUCAAGCCACCGCCAGUCCGGUUUAUGAUGACAAUGGUGACAUAGAAGAUUAUGUACCGGCCAACUAUGUGGUUGGCUUCGGCAAAAUCGCGCAACGCCGUGUGGUGGUGGGCGGCGAAGAUUUCACCCUGAAAGGUGGUUCACCUAAUGCAGCCGGGUUGCGUAAGAGUGUUUAUGCUGAGCACCUUGCGGUGCAAUACAAAGUACCACUGGUGCGCUUGUUGGAAGGUGGCGGUGGCAGUGUCAAAGGCUCGGCUAAAAAAGGCGGCACCGUCGGGGAUCCUGUUUUUGCCGAACCGCGCUUUAAGAUCAUCGCUGAUGCGAUGUCCCAGAUACCCGUGGUGUCUGGCGCCAUGGGUGCGGUUGCUGGCUUUCCUGCCGGGCGGCUGGUGGCGUCACACUUUUCAGUGAUGACAAAGCAUACUGCCCAGGUCUUGAUAGGCGGCCCUGCACUUGUUGAGCGUGCCCUGGGCGUCAAAAUGAACAAAGACGAACUUGGUGGCGCGCAGGUGCAUUCACGCAGCGGGGUGAUUGAUAACCUCGCUGAAGAUGAACACGAUGCCAUCUCUCAGCUGCGGCGGUUCCUCAGUUACCUGCCCAGCAGUGUAUGGGAACGAACGCCACGUCAGGCUUGUACCGAUCCAAUCGACCGGAUGGAAGAAGAGCUGCUGAAUUGCGUGCCGCGGGAAUCCAACGCGCCAUUUGAUAUGCGCGCCAUAGUUAAUAUGGUUGUAGAUAAGGACAGUUUUUUUGAAACUGGCGCUGACUUUGGUCCAAGUCAGAUCUGUGGUCUUGCCCGUCUUGACGGCCAGCCGGUGGGUAUACUGGCAAAUGACUGCAAUUUUUAUGCUGGCGCUAUGACUGCUGAGGCUGCGCAGAAGUAUCGACGGUUUGUCGAGAUGUGUGACACUUUCCACGUGCCGGUGGUGAAUUUUGUAGAUCAGCCGGGCUUUAUGAUUGGUCCUGAAUCAGAGCGAAGCGGCACCAUCCGCUAUGGUAUGGCGGCGGUUGCUGCAGCAGCUCAGGCGACGGUGCCAUGGGCUGUGGUUCAGGUGCACAAAGGGUUUGGUGUGGCGACCGCGGCACACUACGCGCCAGGCAAUUACGUGCUCGCCUGGCCGUCCGUCGAAUCUGGUGCGCUGCCUCUGGAGGGCGGCGUUGCCGUCGCUUACCGGCGUGAGAUUGAAGCUGCCGAGGACCCUGAAGCGAAGCGGCGCGAAUACGAAGAUAAGCUGCGCGAGGGCCGAUCACCUUUUCCCCGUGCUGAAUCUUUUGCAGUGCAUGAACUAAUAGACCCGCGUGAAACCCGUCCGAUGUUGUGUGAUUGGAUUGACUGGAUUCAGCCGCAGCUCGAUACCCUGCUCGGCCCGGUACACUUCGGCAUACGACCUUGA